AUGCAGGGGGUACAUGGAGGUAUAUAAGACCCCCACAGACAUUAUUUGCAGUACCCAGCUCUACACCUCGCACAAUGCAGAUCUACAGGACACCGUUGGCGAUUUCUGUCCUCAUCUUUGUAGUCACGAUCCAUCUACCCUACACUCAUGCCCAGGCUCAGUGCGACACCGCGGGCUGCCUGAAUGGCGUAUGUCUCUUGCCUCCGGCUGUAGCUACCCCUACAUGCAAUUGUUCUCAAGGGUUUUCGCCAGACCCGACAAACCCAAAUGUUUGCAAUGUGGCAGAUUUUGACGAAUGUACUGCCAACCCGUACAUUUGUGGCUACGCCUACAAUCCGACAUACGGUCAAUACGGCCCGACUGGCACUUGCGUGAACGCCCCAGGCACCUACUACUGCAUGUGCUAUCCGCCAUUCAUGGCCACCUAUAUGUAUAAAAGUUGUUACUAUUACCAACCCCCUCAACAGAACGUAUACCAGGAUCUUUAUUCGUGGUACCUAUUCAGCGACGAAUUUGACUUCGGAUUCGAUUAAAAUGUCGAUUUGAAAAUAUUUGUAAAAUUUCCACCAUUUAUCUUAAUUAUACUUUUAGCACCCUUCCCCCAUGCAUGUAUAUGUGUAGAAACGUAUUGCGCGUACAGCUGUGUGUUCUUUAGUUUGUGUGUCAUCAGUGUACUGAUAUCGUUGUUAACUUUGUUUCAUAAAUAUUCUCGCAAGCAACUUGAGCAACCAAAUUGAAGACCGAUUUACUUUGUAUAUAUUUCAUGUAGCCAGUAGCGUUUACGCCCUUGUAUUUUUUACUUUGUUUACAUGUCAAAUAAAGAACUUCACUCAC